UUUUGUUUUGUUUUGAUUUCAUGUCAGUUUCGUCUCUUUGCUUCUCGCGUUGUCUCUGAACCGGGUUCGUCUGUUUUCAAAUAAAGGAAACAUCUCAAGAUGGUAGUGUUUACAGAUCUGGGUGUUACGUGGAAAGAAGAUACACCUGUCGACGACAAAAUUAGGCGUUUAAUUAAAUUGGGCUACAGACAGGUCGCAAUCAACAACAUAGUACUUCCACCACCUACUGGCAAGACGAAAGGAAAAGGUGAAAACCAGAAGAAACAGUUAAAAGAUCCCCAUGACAUUCUUUUACCGGAACAUAAUUUAAGACUACACAGUAGUGUGCAGCUCACUGAUACUGGUUCUAAACUGAAGCAGCUCUCUCGUUUGACUUUAAUAUUCUCCAAGGCAGAGCAGGUUCAUAAUUUGCAUUCUGCAGACAUCCAAGCCUAUGACAUACUGGCUGUGCAACCAAGUGACAAGGACCUUUUUCAUACGGCCUGUCAAACAUUGGAAGUUGACAUCAUCUCACUGGAUUUAUCCAAGCUUCUUCCUUUUAAUUUGAAGUACCCAUCAUUACACGCAGCUUAUGAACGUGGUGUACAUUUUGAGAUUCAGUAUGGGCCCAUGAUUAGGGACCAGGAGGCCCGGAGAAACAUCAUCACAAACGUCCAGACUCUGAUUGAAGUUGGUAAAGGAAAAAAUAUCAUUUUAAGCAGUGGCUGUGAGAAUACCUUAGACUUACGAGGACCCUAUGAUGUGAGAGUACUAGGUUUAAUGCUUGGUUUAUCAGAAGUCAAAGUUCGUGCUGCCCUCACAACUAAUUGCCAGUCAGUCCUAUCACAUGCAGCUGCCAGGAAAGCUGGUCGUUCCAUGGUUAGUGUGAUGAAGCUGGUUGACAUGGAAAAAAAGAAUGCUUGGCUUGCAAAGGCCACAGAUACAGAUCUGCUAGAUGAAGGUAACUCUGCUGAAGACAGUCCCUCUUCCGAUAACAGCAAUGACGACGAUGAUGAUAGUGAUGAUGAGGGUAACAUAAAGCCUGCUCCUAAAGAUGUUUGUUCACCCAAACGGAAAAAGAGAAAAAUGUGAUAUUUCACAGGGAGCCCCCCCCCCUCCAUUUUCUAUCUGUAUAUAGACUUCUGUCUUACAUUUGGAUCCACCUCUUCUCAACAUUUUUUGUAGGGCUUUUGUAUUGGAAUAUAAAAAUGGUAAAAGUGCCUCCAAGUAUUUUGUUAUAUCCUUUCAUGAUCCAAAUUCAAAUCUCUCCCUGAAAUCACUUUGUCUUUCAUCCUUCCAGAGAGUAGGGGAAGAAAGGAAGGAAGGAAUCAGUAGAAAAGGUACCUGGAAUGCAAUGAAGUUCAUUCUAUCCAAUGUACUCUACAAUUUGUACUCUUUUCCCCCAACCCUUCCUUAAUUUAGUUUUAGAACACAAAAUUCAAAAUCUUUAUGGUUUCAUUCCACUUUCUACGGAUUGCAGUGGGAGGCUGCUUAGAACACAAAGAUGAAAGAAACUUUAGCUUUGUUCCUAUGCACAGCUUGACUCUAAAAUCCUCUUGAGGGUUGUCAUUGUCCAUCAUUCCUUCAAGAGAUUUAAAUAAAACAAGGGCCAGUAAUAUAUUGAAAUUGAUUGAAUCAGCUAAACGUUUUCUUUUCAUUUGGGAUUUAAUCCAAUUAUGAUGUCAUGCAGUUUGUGCCUUUUUCCCUGUCUUCUCAAUUUGUGGCCUUUUAAUUACCAAUGUGAAAAAAUCUUUACUGAAGUCAAUGGAGUAGCACAAACAACAGAAUGUCAUCAUGAUUUAAAUGUGGUGCAUCAUCCAAUAAUUACACAGGCCAAGAAGAUUUUUUGACACACAAUCUGAAAAUGAUAUCCAUUUAUUACCAUGUCAACAUUUUAAGAUAUUGGAUCCAUAGAAUUUCGUGGGGUUUUUUUUUUCGAUAAAACAGCAUAUAAGGAACCAGGCAUAAUACACACAGAGAAAUUGGUUUUUCUUCACAACCAGAAUGUUUUCUUAAAAUUCUACUGAAAAACUAAUAAACAAAUUACAUCAUUGUUAUUGCCUAAUUCCACAAGAAUUUGUAUUUGAAUGAAAUUUUUCGAGUGAUGAACCUCAGGAAGUUCAUGAGCCAAGUUCCAGCCAUUAUAUGCAAGCCCCAUCUGCCUUGAUACCCCUUUGUAGAUUUUAUGUCCUAAUGGAAAUGCUCACCCUACUUGUAACUUGUCACAAGGCAACUGUAGAGAGUACGCUCAUAUUCACUCCCAACUUUUGAAAGUUCUCCAGCAUGUUGACAAUUAUUACAAAUGAAUUCCAUGCUUCUAUGCAAUUCAUUGAAUUUACAAAGUUACUAUCUUUUAUCAGUUUUCUGAUUUGAGGCCCGUAAAAUACUCCAGCUUUUAUCUGUUCACUACUCAAACCAGGAAAUGUGUUGCUGAUUGAGUGACAGCAUGGUUCAUUUUUAUCCAGAGCUUUAACAAGCUGCUUCAUAAUGCCAAGUUUGAUAUGGAGUGGAGACAGGAUGAUUUUUUUCCCCAGUUGCACUAGAGGCUGUUCAACCACAUUAAAAGACCCUGGAAUUAUGGUUCAUUGUGACCAUUCUUUGAUCACCCAACGUUUUUUUUUUUUUCCUGGCUCUGCUGUCCCAUAUACAUAACAUCCAUGGAUUUUUGGUGUAUCCAGUUUUAUUGCUCAAGGAGAAAAAUCGAAGUUCAUGCAUAUCACUCACUAAUGAUUGCAGGGUUUGGCUAUCUUGAAAUCUAGACAUGAUGUUAAAAAAUGGAUUCCAUUUUUGGAUUUAGCAUAUCAAAAAACCUUCAAAUCAAGUAAAAAUGUCCCGACAACAAAAUACCUGGUGGGUUACAUUUUAGGAUCCUGAGUUGUGUAUUGUAAGACAACUAAAUUUCCUUUGAACAGAGCCUGCAAAUAUGGUUUCAAUUCCCAAGGUUUAGUCAAUAUAUUUUGCUUAUGCUCCCGAUAGUUUUGGUAAACCAUGAAUUCUAUAACCUCACCAAAAAGAAUCCCAUGUGAUAAAUCUAUGAACAAUGUUUUGUUAUGACUUUUUUUGUUCCAUUUCAUCCAUUCAUGAUCAAUAAAAAUUAUCAGAAUAUG